UUCUGCCGCUGCCGUCACGCGCUUCACUUGCACGCCCUGCUCUGCUCUCUCUGCAGCGCAGUGGCUCAGCGGCUGCGCCCGUCGUCAGCCCGUGCCUGUCUCGUGUCGUCCUCAUCACCCCUCCCUCCUCUGACCUCUCUCUCUCUCUCUCUCUCUCGCUCCUCCCCGAUCCAACGGUCCGUCCGCAGCCGUGCCACGCAUUGCUAUCUCAAUCGCAGACACCAAGAGCAAGGUUCCGUUCCGACGCGACAGCGGUACCGGGGCUCGGCGUUCGGACGGCAAUGGCGCGGCGGCUGGUGCUGGCGCUCCCUGUGCUCCUCCUCUUGCUGCUCGUCGGGCAUUGCCACGGAGGCAAGAUUGGCGUCUGCUACGGGCGCAACGCUGACGACCUGCCGGCGCCGGACAAAGUGGCGCAGCUGAUCCAGCAGCAGUCCAUCAAGUACGUGCGCAUCUACGACACCAACAUCGACGUCAUCAAGGCCUUCGCCAACACCGGCGUCGAGCUCAUGGUCGCCGUCCCCAACUCCGACCUCCUCGCCUUCGCUCAGUACCAGUCCAACGUCGACACUUGGCUUAAGAACAGCAUCCUCCCCUACUACCCGGCCACCAUGAUCACCUACAUCACCGUCGGCGCUGAGGUCACCGAGAGCCCCACCAACGUCUCCGCCCUUGUCGUGCCCGCCAUGCGCAAUGUGCACACCGCAUUAAAGAAGGUCGGCCUGCACAAGAAGGUCACCAUCUCCAGCACGCACUCGCUCGGGAUACUGUCUCGGUCGUUCCCGCCCUCCGCGGGGGCGUUCAACAGCAGCUACGCCUACUUCUUGAAGCCUAUGCUGGAGUUCCUUGUGGAGAACCAGGCGCCGUUCAUGGUGGAUUUGUACCCCUAUUAUGCGUACCAGAACUCGCCAAGCAAUGUGUCCCUGAACUACGCGCUGUUCUCGCCGCAGGCCCAGGAUGUGAUUGACCCAAACACUGGACUGGUUUACACAAACAUGUUCGACGCCCAGGUUGAUUCCAUCUUUUUUGCGCUCAUGGCUCUGAACUUCAAGACUCUGAAGAUCAUGGUCACUGAGUCAGGGUGGCCGAACAAAGGGGUAGCCAAGGAGACCGGAGCGACCCCAGACAAUGCUCAGACUUACAAUACCAACUUGAUACGUCAUGUUGUUAAUGACAGUGGCACACCAGCGAAACCGGGGGAAGAAAUCGAUGUCUACAUCUUUUCCUUGUUCAAUGAGAAUAGGAAACCUGGCAUUGAGUCAGAGAGGAACUGGGGACUGUUCUUUCCUGACCAGAGUUCCAUCUACAGCCUUGAUUGGACUGGCCGAGGCAAUGUGGAUGUUAUGACUGGAGCAAACAUUACAAGUUCAAACGGGACCUGGUGUAUUGCUUCAGCUAAUGCGUCGGAAACCGAUCUGCAGAAUGGCCUGAACUGGGCAUGUGGUCCAGGCAACGUCGAUUGCUCCGCUAUUCAACCAAGCCAACCCUGCUACCAGCCUGACACUUUGGCUUCCCAUGCUUCAUAUGCGUUCAACAGCUAUUACCAGCAAAAUGGAGCUAAUGAUGUGGCUUGUGACUUUGGUGGUGCUGGAGUGCGAUCGAUGAAAGAUCCAAGUUAUGACACUUGUGUCUACUUGGCUGCCGGCAGUAAGAUGAGCACGACAAAUUCAACAUCUCUUCCAGCUCGGAGCGGCUCCAGUCAAGAACCAUUGGCCGAAUGCUUCACCCCCUUGCUUUCCAUGCUGGCCGUUGCGAUAGCUGCAGUGAUACUGUGAUCUAUGGAGAACGCUCUGGCUAGACUUUUCUGUCCGAAGGUGGAAGGCUAAUCGCCAAAUGCUGGAAACCAGUGAUGUUUUGUUUUGCAGUGAGUAGUAGACUAGCUGGUAGCAUGGAGCUGUAUUAUGCGGUAGGAAUGUCUAGUCGGUUAAGGUAUAUACAUUGUCCGCAGACAAUAUAUAUCAGCUGCCAUUAAGAACUUUGAAAAUCCUCUUCUGGUGUCUCCCAAUUCGCAUCC